AUGCUGCCGAAAACAAAAGCCGGUGGAGGAUUCUUCUCCUAUUUUAAGACUGAAAGGGGCCGAAAACUCGUAUUCUACGCGGCGGGAGCGACCACAGUGGGCCUCUUUCUUGGAAACUUCCUGCCGCACACAUUUGGGCUGAAAUAUUACCGCGAUUUCGUGCAAUGCUACCAGUACGGUGUGGGGCGUCCAGUGCCGGAGGCAGUGCAGCAGCGCCUGGAAAAGGCAUUGGAUCAGCUGGGCGUGACGCCGUUUGAGCGAAAGUUCGUGAAGCCCUUCACCGUCUUCGGAUUCGAUGUUUUUCAGGCGGGCACCACUAAGUUGCGAUUUGGAGGCGCUUUGGGCAUACCGGUGAACUAUGGGUACGACAGUCCGGAGGAGAUUAAGCGGGCAGACAUUCGGUUUAGAGACAAACAGAUCAACUGGAGUUCUCCCAGCGGAAAGCUGCUGGAGGAUGCAAUCGUUUUGAAUGAGGAUGAGCAGAUUUUCGGUCUGAGCAAGGCCAUUCUGCAGAUGCAAACCCAUCGGGUACUGCUCAACUCCAUCUUUCCCAGUGUUAGCUUUCUCAUGGUGUACACCAUGGGUCACUACCUUAACCUGCGGCUAGAUCUCUUCGCCCGUCAUGGAAGCGUACGGUUUGUGCUCUACAGCAUUUUGGGUCUGUUCGGCUUGGGACUCUGGUCCUUCAUGAAGGACUACAAUCAGGUAUCCACGGACGCAGAGAUUGACCAGCGACUGGCCACGAUGGGUCCUCGAAUUGUGGCGGCUGGAGCUAGCUUUUACGACAAACAUCUAAAAAAGAACAUCGCGCUGAGGGAGCUGAUUGGAAAUGACAUUUACACUGCCCUGGGCAACGAAAACUAUAUGAUUCGGCAAAAGUCCAUGCCGCUAACAGCACGAAAAUCUUUCUUUCUGGAGAAGCUCGAGGAACUCAAGAAGGCGCAACAGCCUGAAACGGAGUAAACACCUUUAUUGUUACGUUUUUAUUGCCGAUUGAAGAAAAUAUGUUUCCAAUAACUUUA